AUGAUGAUUUUAACCUCAAUCAAUAAUACUCUAUCUAUAUGGAAUAAUAACGAAAUCAAUCAAGAUCAUAUCAGAAAACAACUUCAUCGGACAAACAUUACCAUUCAUUGCAUUAUCCUCAACUCUUCAAAAAAGGUUAAAGAAGUUCCAAAGGUUUCAUAUGCUAGUUCUCUUAUGGUAACUAUUAAGUUAAUAUUUUAA